AUGUUUUUGGUUCGACUCGACUGUCGUCCUUUGCUGGUUGCGAUCACCAUCCUAUGUCUGGACGACGUACGUCGCGAACCGUGUCUCACAGAUCCAGGAAUGGACGAAAGGUCAUCGAUGGAAUUACGUCAAGGGGACGGAGAACCCAGCCGAUCUCGUGUCACGAGGAGUCUUGCCGAAGGACUUUGUCAGCCUUCAACACUGGUUUCAUGGUCCUGCCUGGUUAUCGCUGCUGGACCAACACUGGAACAAUCCCACACGCGCCGGGCCGACCAGGCUUUCCGUUUUCCCGCCGUGCGGUCGGUCGCGGAGGCACAAAUUGUUUCUUGUUACAAUUUGAAACUAUGUAUGCAAAACGAGCACUCGGAUGCUGCCGACGAUGAUUACGGCGCUGAUGAUUAUGAUGUGUGUGGACGGAACGGACGGAACGGUUUGGUACGGAUUUUGCGCAUUAAUGGGCGCACACUCGGUCGACUCCCAGGGCGCGCCACGGUCACGGCCAAGUGCAUGCCGCGCGAUGGUGUCGUUUAUAGCGAAAAAGGAGGCCCCAUAUCGAAGGAGGAGUAUGCAGCAAAGUCGGAUAAUGUUGGGUACGAAGCAUGUAUCGAGUUUCUCUACCAGCGAAUUCGGAUUCUGCAAACAGUGUCAACAGAGAUCCAACAUCGUUCUCAAGCAGCACCAACCAAGGUGGCCGGUCCCCAUUCCUUCAGCAAGAAGCUCCCCACUACGAAGGCGGUUGCCAACUCCGCUACCGCAAGUUCGCGUCCAAGUCCACCAUCCUGCAUUGCAUGCCCGGAGAAGCAUCUAUUGUUUCAGUGUUCAGCCUUUCAAAGAAUGACCGUUGAGCAGCGCCGCGAACUAAUUUCCCAGAAGCGACUUUGUUGGAACUGCUUCAAAUCGUCGCAUAUCGCACGGAGAUGCGACUCCAAGUACACCUGUCGUCAUUGUCACGAACGCCACCAUACGCUGUUGCACAAAUCCUCGAGCGACCCUGCAGCACAGUCAACACCCCAGUACCCGACACAACAAGCGAAUUCCCACGGAUCGGGUAUUUUGGUUCCCGAAGUAAGCGUUCCUGCUCAUAGCAGUUCCCCAUCAACUGUUUUCCUGUCGACUGUUUCGCUGUGGAUCGAGGAUCGAUUUGGAAGACAACAUUCUGCUCGAGCAUUAAUCGACUCUGGUUCGCAGUCGAACUUCAUCUCAAAGAAGCUGGCUCGUCGUUUGUGUCUACAGUCAGAUCGAGUACGUGUUCCCAUCGCUGGCAUCGGUGAAACAACAGUGACGGUUACCCAGUCUGUCAUCUCCACUAUCCACUCCAAGAACAACGAGUUUUCCAGCAAGUUAGAGUUCCUGGUUUUACCGAAUCCAACCUCUGAACUUCCCACGUCAAAUGUCGACAUAUCCAUGUGGAAAAUCCCGUCAAACUUCCCAUUAGCUGACCCUGCAUUCAACGUGUCGAGUCCUAUCGACCUGUUACUCGGAAUCGAACAAUUCCACGAAUACAUUAUGAGUGGUAGAAUAAUCCUCGGGAAAGGAUGUCCAGUACUAUUCGAGACUGUCUUCGGGUGGGCUGUAAUCGGUCGAUGCUACGGCACAACUCCACCAACUACUCCGGUCUGCCACAUCGCCACCACUCGAAAUCUGGAAUCUCUUUUGGAACGGUUCUGGGAGCUCGAAUCCUUGCAGUCCGACCGAAUCUAUUCUGCUAAGGAGAUCGCCUGCGAGGAGCUAUAUCAGGGUACUACGACUAGAAAAUCCGACGGGAGAUAUGUAGUGUCUCUUCCCAAAUCACAGGACCCUUACAUUCAACUCGGUGAAUCCCGUGCAAUCGCCGAAAGACGUCUACUAUGCUUGGAGCGAAAACUUGAACGUGAUGCAUCCGUAAAGGAAGCCUACCAUGAGUUCUUGGAAGAAUAUUCACGGCUAGGCCAUAUGCGACGGCUCGAGGAUCCGGUGGACAACUCCAUUUACCACUACUAUUUGCCACACCACCCCGUAUUCAAAGCCAGCAGUACAACCACGAAAGUACGGGUCGUAUUUGAUGCGUCCUGCCGUACGUCGUCUGGUAGUUCCCUCAAUGAUCUUCUGCUUGUCGGGCCAAUCGUUCAAGAGGAUCUUCAGUCAAUUAAAUUGCGUUUCCGGACAAAACCAAUCGGUCUUGUGGCGGACAUUGAAAAAAUGUUCCGUCAGAUUGCAGUUUGUCGCAACGAUCAACCACUCCUCAGCUUCAGACCGUUACCUACGCUCGCUACAGAUGAAGGCGAGAACUUUCCGAUGGCCAAAAAGGCCGUCCUCGAAGACUUUUACGUGGAUGACCUCAUCAGCGGUGCAUCUACACCCGAAGAAGCCGUAGAACUCCGUCGACAGCUCAGUGCUAUGUUGCAAUCCGCCGGGUUUCCGUUGAGGAAAUGGGCCUCCAACAGUUCGGCAGUCCUAGCCGAAAUACCAUCGGAGGAAUUGGCAAUUCAGCCGGUUUACGAAUCCGCCGACGAGCAGUCGCGAUGGUGGACCGGGCCUGCUUGGCUCAAGCAGACCAAGAAACAUUGGCCAAGCCAACUCGUCGAUUCCGUGGCAUCCUCCAAGGCUGUCGUCGAAGAAUGUAAAGUGUGCCUGGCGGCACUCAUAUCUCCCACGGAUCAACUGUGCGAUUGGUUGUUCAACUGUUUCUCGUCGUAUACUAAGCUACGGAAGGCCGUGGCAUACUUCCUGCGGUACAUGGGUGUACUGCACGCAACAGCUGCCAAGAAACAUCCUGAUGGGGCUUGUGCGGCAUCCUCGAAGACACCAUGUGAGCCACACACACAUCUCACUGCAUCCGAUCUUCAAGACGCUGAACAUGUUCUGUGUCAACUAUCCCAGCGUGAAACGUUUCCGACGGAGCUGAAAGCACUACGCAAUGGACGACCAGUUGACAAAACAUCACCUAUGAAAUUCUUCAAUCCAAUGCUCUCCAAGGACGGCCUCAUCAAGGUUGGUGGUCGUAUUCAAGACUCCAACUCUCCCGAAAUCCAAUCAUCAUCUCGAGUAAACACCGACUGGCACACCUGCUUGCUGAUCACUACCACCGAACUCUAA